UCUUUCUUGGAUCUUUCCAUCGGACGAGUCUUCGGACUAGAUUGCAACAAGCUCACUCUAAGCCAUUCGAGGACGCAAGUGAUGCAAUAAUCCAGGUGUACUUUUCAUGGCCAAUGUCGAAGAGGAAAAGUUUCGGAUGGCAACCAAGUUUCUUCACCAUCUCCCUCUUGCCAGGCUCAAUAGGCUUUGUAUUUCUUUACUUCUAUGGCAUUCCCAACUUUGGUGCGGAGCAGCUUGUCAGGGCACCUCCACGCAUUCCUGCGAUCAAAUCGGAGGAGGGACUCGCCCUAGAGCCUGCGCCUACCACACUGGCAGCUAACCCUACGGCCAGCGAGGCCGACGAGGCAGCCAAUGCGGCCAAAGUAAAGGAUCCGUACGGAUUCUAUUUGCAUGUCUAUGGAGAUCCUGCGGCAGUGAUUUAUCAGGUCCGUGAGGUGAAGAAGUUCUUUCCAAGGUCUCCGAUUUACGUCAUGAGCGACGGAGGCCUCGACUUCAGUGCCUUGUGCGAGAAGGAGGGGUGCACUUUCGUUUUGUGUCCGCCAGCGAACGAUCGCUGGCAUCCAUGGCCCUUCUUUCGGCGCUUGUACGAUGCAGCUGUGAGUUUGAACACAAAGUACAUCAUUAUGCUGGAACCGGACAACACUGUGCACAGCUAUGUCAAGCGGCCUCCACCUGCAGAUGUGGGUGGUUUGCUAGUGACCAGUCGCCAAUUUGGACUGGUGAAGUACGUGGAAAGGAUGGCAAAGCAACGUGUUCCCAACUUCAAAUGGACAUCGCGGAGCAUGUCUUCGGGACUUUGUGGUGGAGCCUAUUUCAAGCGAGAAGCCAUCCUUGAUGCUCUUUCCGAUGAAAGCAUGAUGAAACUGGACUGGAACUACUUAGGUGAGAAGUUGAGCAAGGAGAUUUUUUCUUCGGACUUUGCUUUGCAGUACGCCUUUGCUGCGCGAGGAUGGGUAAUUGAGCCAUGGGAGGAUGCCGCCCAGAUGGACAAAGAUAAGUAUCAGCCGCUGACGGGCGCUCGAGAUGCAACCUUCAAGCACUACUGUUCCUGCUAUCCGGGCGGCAAGCCGACCUACAACCUAAAGUUGGCCAAGCAGGAUGCAAAGUUGUUCAAGAGUGGUGGGUAUGAGAUGACAUCAGGGCCAUACUCUUCGAGUGUGUGCCAAGUUUGCUACAAUCACAGCCGCUAUUUGGAGCUUUGGGGCUCCGCCAGAUGCACAAAUAGUAUUCCUUUUCAUCUCUCUGAGAAGCUGCUGCAAAGGCAUCAUCCAGAAAUGCAGACGAAACCCUGUGAUUUACCAUGGCUUUGUGUUCCUGGCGCCAUGCGUGGGAGAGGUGCCGACUCUUGGCAGCCUACUGCCGCUCCCGUUGACCCAUUGGCCAGUUACACGCUUCUGGAUGAUGCCACCCUUACUUGCCCUGCCGAGACAAAGAAGUUAGACUCCGUAGACCAAUGUCAAGAUGCAGCCAACAAGUUGAACAAGAAGUUGGCUUACACAGACGAGCUGUACCAAGAGAGACUUGGAGAGACACUAGCUGCAGCGCCUGUUCUGGAUAAACUGAUCUUGAGAACAUGGACUUGGUAUACAAGUGUAUUUGUGCCGAAGGUGCGAGGACGUACUGUACUUGUUGGGACUCUGCCACAGCAUCCUCACAAAAAUAAGCUCAGGGCAGAUCCACCUGGCUGCAUUUUCCGUGUGCCUGACAAUGAUGUGUAUUUUAAUGCUCCUGAAGAAGGCCAAAAGAAUGAUGGAAGGCGUUUGAUUUGCCAAAAUGUGGUCUCUGACCGAGAGGCGUAGACAAGCGGUGGGCAUGUGACAUCAUUUUGACAUAGAUGAGGUUAUGGUAGCAAGCAUAGCUUCACCAGCCCCUUACAAACAUUGCACAGCACGGCAGGCCAGCUUACAAAGCCCAUGAUUUCAACGCCUUCCCUCUGUGACUUGAGCGGGUACAAGAACUCAUCAUCUCAACUGUGCAUGCAUACAUCACCAAUCAACAUUUGUGAAGGGGCACUGGGCAUGCCUGAUCUAGGAGACCGUGAUGGUGCCAAAGUGUGCCAUCAAUCUCCUUCAGGCCCUGUCAACCUCAAAGGGGACAGGGCCUGCUCCAAGCUGCCGAUUAGGCCUGAGAUGGCAAGCGUGACAAGCGGCGGGUUGAA